AUGAGCAGCCGCAAUCUUACCCGUCCUCCCUCUGAUAUCGCAGCGCGCGAGGACAAUUUCACCAUGGUUGCGGAAGAAGUCUCGCUCCCUGUUGUGGGGGAACAGAUCCCCGAGGAUGUCAUUCAAGAAUCCCGGGUCCUCAUCAUCAUGACUGGAGGCACGAUCUGUAUGCAGCCAUCGCCGUCUGGAUUUGUGCCGGCUCGAGGCUUUCAAGAGAAAUGCAUGGCGCGCCUGCCUUCGUUCAACGACGGAUCUACGCCUACCACCAUGGACGUAGUGACCAAGGCCACGGGUGAUAUCACGGCUCAUCCCAGUCUACGCACUCCACUUACCCGGUAUGGUCGUCAGGUGCGAUAUACGGUGUUCGAAUUUGAAGAACUGCUGGAUAGUAGCUCCAUCAAUGCCAAGGGUUGGGCAGAGAUCGCACAGGCGAUCUUCCAGAACUACACCCUGUUUGACGCCUUCGUGGUGCUGCACGGCACCGAUAGUCUCGCAUAUACAUGCUCCGCACUGAGCUUUAUGUUGCAGAACCUAGGAAAGCCAGUGAUUCUCACCGGGUCACAAGCACCCAUGCUCCAGCUCCAGAAUGACGCGACUGAUAACUUGCUCGGGUCUCUGGUCGUGGCCGGUCACUUCAUGAUUCCCGAGGUGUGCUUGUACUUCAACAACAGGCUGUUCCGUGGUAAUCGGUCGACGAAGGUGGCUGCGAGCGACUUUGCGGCCUUUGAUGCCCCGAAUUGCCCACCGCUGGCAGUGACCACUUCGAUGCGCACCAACGUGAACUGGGAUAUGGUGCACCGACCCACUAGCUUGGAGCACUUCCGUAUUCAAACGAAUCUGGACACGGCUCAUGUUGCGUGUCUUCGCAUCUUCCCUGGUAUCAAGCCCGAGAUGGUGGACGCUGUGCUGAAGUUGGACGGCCUCCGGGGACUUGUGCUGGAAACUUUUGGAGCUGGCAAUGCUCCAUCGGGCCAAGAUAACGCCAUGAUCAACGUUCUGGCUAGUGCCAUUCAACGCGGUAUCGUUAUCGUCAAUGUUACUCAAUGCCUUACCGGCAGCGUGAGCCCUGUCUAUGCAACAGGCAUGAGUCUGUCCCGGGCCGGGGUCGUAGCCGGUCUUGAUAUGACCACUGAGGCGGCAUUGACGAAACUGGCGUACCUGCUGGCGUUACCAGACGCCACGCCAGAAACAGUAACCAAGAACAUGUCCGUGUCCCUGCGCGGCGAGCUGACUGAAUCUACACUGCCGAUAUUCCGUCAUCCAGACGGGGCCCUGCCCGAGAGGGUGCAGACCCUCACAGUUAUGGGUUACGCCAUUGCACAGGGCGAUCUCGAGCGAGUCAAGACGAUCAUGCAGACCGAACACCACUGGCUACUCAACGAUGCCGAUUAUUCGGGAAACACGCCGAUUCACUUGGCGGCAACUUCUCCAUCCAUUGCGAUUCUCCAUUUCCUCUUAUCGCACGGAGGCUCUGUGCACUUGCGAAAUCGCAAUGGCCGCACCCCGCUCUUCCUGGCCGCCAAUGCCGGCCUCUCCGACCAUGUCCUGUUGCUCCGUCGAUCGGGUGCCCACCUGCACUCCGACGAGCGACCGGCCGCAGAGCUACUGGCCCGCCGCCGACCUGGCGUCUGGGGUCUUGCGGGGAUCGAUCCCCGUGCGAACAGCCAGCGUGAGAUCGACGAGGAUAGCCGGGACGGGCGGAGUCGGAUGACAAUGGCCGGGUCAGCGCCGUGA